ACUUGCCAGGGUUGGGAGUAAUUGAAACUUAAGCCCCUGGGGAGUCAAGUCCCUAGAAACUGUGCUUGCUUGUUUUUGUUUUUAAGUGUUUUUAUUUCUCUCACUUGACUCCCAAGAAUAACCUGAGGGAGAGAAAUAUAUCUCCUCCACCUGCUCUUUGCUUCCAGAACACAGCUAACUCAACCAGAGAUGGAGUUUCAGGACGUGACCAGCUUUUGGCUCAGCAAAGAAUGCACAGUAUGAUCAGCUCAGUGGAUGUGAAGUCAGAAGUUCCUGUGGGAUUAGAACCUAUCACACCAUUAGACUUGCGAACAGAUCUCAGGAUGAUGGUUCCCAUGGUGGAUCCAAUGAUACGUGAAAAGCAGCUACAGCAGGAGCUACUCCUGAUUCAGCAGCAGCAGCAAAUUCAGAAACAGCUCCUGAUAGCAGAAUUUCAGAAACAGCAUGAGAACUUGACACGGCAGCACCAAGCUCAAAUCCAGGAGCACAUAAAGUUACAACAGGAACUCUUAGCCAUUAAGCAACAACAGGAACUCCUUGAAAAAGAGCAGAAACUGGAGCAGCAGAGGCAAGAACAGGAAUUGGAGAGGCAUCGCAGAGAGCAGCUUCCUCCCGUCAGAAGCAAAGAAAGAAGCCGAGAAAGAGCAGUGGCCAGUACAGAGGUGAAGCAGAAACUUCAAGAGUUCCUAUUAAGUAAAUCAGCAACAAAAGACUCUCCAGCCAAUGGGAAGAAGCAUUCCGUUAGCCGGCACCCCAAGCUCUGGUACACGGCUGCCCACCAUACCUCACUGGAUCAAAGUUCUCCACCCCUUAGUGGGACGUCUCCUUCCUACAAAUACAUGUUACCAGGAGCACAAGAUGCCAAGGAUGAUUUCCCGCUCCGCAAAACUGCCUCAGAGCCCAACUUGAAAGUUCGCUCCAGGUUAAAACAGAAGGUAACAGAAAGAAGAAGCAGUCCUUUACUCAGAAGGAAAGAUGGAACCGUCGUCUGCUCAUUCAAGAAAAGACUGUUUGAGGUGACAGAAUCAUCAGUCAGUAGCAGUUCUCCGGGAUCUGGUCCCAGUUCACCAAGUAAUGGUCCUACUGGAAAUGUAGAGAAUGAAGCCUCAGUGUUGCCAUCUAAUUCCCAAGCUGAGCAUUUGGUUUCACAACAACACAUUCUCCUCAAUGAGGAAUCAAUGAACCUUUUGAGUCUCUACACAUCCCCUUCUUUGCCCAACAUCACUUUGGGACUUCCAGCAGUGCAACCACAGCUCAGUGCGUCAUCACCAUUCAAAGAAAAACAAAAGUGUGAGACCCAGACAAUCAGGCAAGGAGUGGUCUUGCCUGGACAGUACAGGGGAAGCAUUUCGUCACCUCCAGCCCCUCAGCCUAUUGUCCUAGAGGGAAAGCCAAACAGCAGCCAUCAGGCUCUCCUCCAGCAUUUGUUACUGAAGGAACAAAUGAGGCAGCAAAAACUCCUGGCUACAGGUGCAGUGCCUCUCCAUCCACAGUCACCACUGGCCACGAAAGAAAGAGUGUCGCCCAGCUUAAGAGUUGCACAUAAGUUACCUCGACAUCGACCGCUGAAUCGAACCCAGUCCGCUCCGCUGCCUCAGAGCACCUUGGCGCAACUGGUGAUUCAGCAACAGCAUCAGCAGUUUCUAGAGAAGCAGAAACAGUAUCAGCAACAGAUCCACAUGAACAAAAUGCUUUCUAAAUCUAUUGAACAGUUAAAGCAACCUGGAAGCCUGGAAGAAGCUGAAGAAGAUCUUCAUGGAGAACAUUCUAUGCAGGAAGAAAGAGCCCCCUCGGUUGGUAGCAGCAUUAGGGAUGACAGCAGUAGUAUUUCUCUGGACGACAGACUGGGACAGCCACUGGGGGCUGUGAAGGUGAAAGAGGAACCACAGGACAGUGAUGAUGAUAUUCAAACUCAGCAAAUGGAAUCUGGGGAGAAAGCUGCUUUUAUGCAACAGGUAAUAGGCAAAGAUUUAGCUCCAGGCUUUGUAAUUAAAGUGAUUAUCUGAGUACUAUUAUAAUAAGCAUUUUGAAUCCUUGAUGAACAUUUUUUCUUUCCAUCCGCAGAGUUCAAUUGAAUUGCAUCUUUUUAGCGUUCAGCGAAUCUAACAACAGCAGAUGUGUUCACACCUUAAGCAUAGUGAAAACGUCCUUGUUAAAUCAAGGGACACUUACUGCUGCGUAAGCCUUUGGGUUUUUAAUAGAAUUUGUAUUAGCUCUAAUGGAUUCUGCCACAUUAGUUCUAGUGAAAUGGAACUCAUUGUUGUAUCAACUUAUUGUGGAGAUCAACUAUUGCUGAUCAGACCUAAGAACUGCUCUCACUCUCCAUUUCUAAACUUCUUUGAUAUCACUCUAUGUAUGCUUUCAUCGAUUUGUAUAUAAUGUACCAUACUAUAGUCCUAAACACUGUUAAAAAGAAGGGGAUGCACCCCCUCCCUUGUUAGACAGGUACUGCCCCAAAUAUCAGUGGUCUGAACUUUGUAUAUAGAAUAUAACCUGAAGGAAACAAGAUGGAGGGCAGGUUAAGACAGACAUGGAAUGCACUUUUAAAAAAUUAUGUUGAUUUCCCCCCUUUCUGCAUUCUUUAAUUUUUUGCCCCAUCUUCUUUUAUCACUAUCUUCAUUUAUUUCAUGUGAAGAUAUUUGUCAUGUGCAACAUUGCACACCAGCCACAUGCAUGAUAGAGCUAUUUUUGUAUUGGGAUGGUGGUGGCAAGGAAGCAAAUUAUUAACAUAGUUUCGUCUUUUCUCAUCAGUUUAUUGGUUCAAUAGAAACUAAAUGACACAAAAGCACAUAAUCUAGUAUACAGGUUUACACGCUUAUGCUAAUAACAGUGGCAGGGAGACAUAUUUGUGAAUGUUUCUAGCAUCUACCAUGGGGCCAAAAUUUCCCAGUACGCUCCUCUCCUAGUUAAAAAGGCAACAAACCAUUCAUUCCAGAGUACCCCCAUCAAAAACGCUGAGAUUAUUUUAGAAUAACUGUAGCCGUGGCAUACUUGGCUGAUCCAGAGUCAUGUGGAUCACAUGACCACCUCAACUACUCUGUGUGCCAAGUACAGGGGAAUGCCUAGGCCUGAUUUCUCUUGGGAAAUUCAUUGGUCCAACGAUAUAUAAAAACGGAGGCCAGGUUGGCAAAUAGUUUUCAGUAGUAUUUAAACAUUUACUAAGACAUGCAUGAAGUUGUAUGUAGUUGUGCCUCCAGAAGGAUCAUACUCCUUUCAAAUGCUAUAAAAUCAGAGCAACUCGGUAUGCAGUAGAAGCUGUUGUUUAUUUAAGUCAUUGCUGUGUCAGGGCCCUGCUGUUUUCCUGCAGAAAAGUAAUUGUGUGAAGGUGGACAGGAAAUGCCUUAUGGAAACAGGAAGUCCAAGUGAUUCAUGCACUUGGAAUGUAAGAGGCGGCAAAGGGAAGCAGGGGAUAGUAUUUUAUUCUCUGUUUUCUAAAGGGCACUCUAUGAAUUGAUUUAUUGUCAGAGAAAAUAACAAAGGAAGUAGGGAAAUUGUUAAGGAAGCUUUCCAGUGAAACAUUUCCUUUAUAUUCCCUUUUGAUAUGUUUACUUUGUUGUAGAGGUUUACUUUUGUUAAGCUACAGAGUCAUUGUAUUAAGACCCUUUUAAUAUGGAUAAUCCAAAACUGACCUGAAAUUCUUGUCAGUUUCUUUUUCUAUUACAAUAUUUAUAUUUCUAAGAUAUUUUAAGGUGCAGUAUCCUUUUCAAAAGAGAGAGCUGUCUUGCCAAAUGGAAACGUUCUAAUAUAAGCAUGUCGUGUUUACAUUUUUAUCUUAUUUUCUAGAAUCCCUUAUAAAAUGUUGAUGGUUCUGAAGAUACAUUAUCCUUUCCCACUGAAAACUAUUAAAAAUAUCAUUGAUCCCCAGACAUGCUGCACCAGCAAAUAAAGUUUGCUCCAUACUUGACCAUAUGCCCCUUCACUGUAGAAAGACUCAUGUACACCUGAUGUAUACAUCUGCUCCAUCUGUACACAUAUGAGAAAAACUGCAGCUUGUUGCACUUUCCCAUCAUGUACAGCAGGGUGGGCAACUUCUGACCUUCCAAACGUUUCAGCUUAUAGUUCCCAUCAGUAUAACCAUAGGUGAGGGCUGAUGGAAGUUGUAGUCCAAAACUACAAGUACCCCACUCCUGAUGUAUAUGCACUGAUAGACGCAUCAUGUAUACAAAAGAUAGGCAUGGGGCUAUUCACAUGGGAUGUACAUGGCGGUGGUUGUUUCCCCCCUGUGCAGGGUAAGAACAUGCAUAAUAUGUGAAGCAGUCCAAGUAUUUAGGAUAUUGUAAAGCGCAACACUGUUGAUCUGUCCAGACAGGUUGCAUUUGGGGAAUUGGGGAUACUUUUUCAGCAUUUUCCCUCAGCUGGUAUCACUCCCCACUAGUUUUUAAUAGUCUGCACAGGUGGCUUUCCACAAUUCCUGUGAUGUUAGACCAAGUAGCAGAGCUCACUUUUCAUGGUCCCAGUUUCAUGCUCAUUUGCUGAACCAGGGGCAGAGAGCCACCAUUCAGACAAACUCUUAAAUACAUGCAGUACUUCUUCUUUGCUGGCAUAGAAGUAACCAUGCCGAUGCUGAUGUUUAGGAACAGAAUGCUGUUUUCAACAGAGGCCACUUAAAAUAUAUCCAUCAGCUUUAUUAGAAGAUGCAUUAAUGUUGACUGUGAUGUUUUAGAGCUUUAAUACCACUGCAGAGGUUACUCUUUCUUGAAGAAAAGUAGAGAAAUUUACCUUUAGAAUCAUAAAACAGAUCUAUCCAGGAAGUAUGUUCAGAUCUUGUCAUCCCCCCCUCCUGCACUACAUUCUGAUUUUAGCACACUCAAAAAGGGAUAGUGCAUCUUUUUAAAAUUCGUUUUAUUUGGGCAGGAAUCUGAAUACAAGCAAACUUUUGUACAUUAAUGUUUCAAAAACAUGUGUAACUAUAAAGAUAUUUUUAUAAUGCAGUUGAAGAGAGUUACCCCAGUAUAGCCACUGGACUUUCAUGCCACUCAGAUUUUUAAGAGAGAUGUUACCUGGAACCAGUGAAAAAGGAAACUGGGUUUAAGCAACCAUAUUUCUAAUUGCUAAUUGUCACAUUUUAAAUCUUCUGUAUUUAUUAUAAUUUACACCUUUGGUGAUCUCUUGUUUUGUGUUGUAAAUAUAUUCUGUUUGUAUGUUCCCUAUUUUGCCUUCUGAUACAAGUCUAUAUAUUCCUUUC